AUGAUUCAGAAUGUUGAUCAUCAAAAAAAUGUUGUUCAUCUUGUUGGUUCAGAUAAUAAAUUUAUUGCACCAACAAUAUUUCGUGAUAUUGAUAAUUGUCAAGAAUAUGCUAAUGAACAUUGCAUGAAAUUUAUUAAAGAAUUGAAUAAAUUAUCUAUGUCGAAACAAUUAGAUUUUCCAUUGAAAGAAGCAACAAAAGUUCCAUAA